GCCUCCCGCGGGGACCCUGGGAGGGAAAGUAGGAGGAGCAGCCACCGCACCCCCCCCCCAGCUCCCCCUAAUCCCCCCCAAGCCAAGAUCCCCUUCCCCUCCUCCAAAAGUAACGGGCGUGGAAGCGAGCGGCCGCGCACGCCUCCCCGCCCAUCCCGGCCCCUACUGUGGUCUUUUUUUUUUUUUGCCUUUGUUUCCUUCUGGUUUGUUUUAAAAUAAACCCCCUCUUCUCCCCUAGACCCCUGUCUCAUCCAAUCCCUCUAGUCCUUACCUCCACCUUCCCCUCACUUUCCCCACUCCUUCCUCGCUCACAGCCCUUACAGCUAAGAGAGAAGGGGAAUCCCGGCCUACUUCCUUUUCCGGAUGGGGGCGACCUCUUUGUGCGAACCAGGGAGCGUGACCCGCACAUCUGGCGCACAUCUGGGGAUGCGGCUGCGAGCAGGAGCGCGGCGGCGGCGGAGGCGGAGGAGGAGACAACCGAGCAUCGGGGCGGGUGGGAGGCCCUGGCAGGGAGCAGGCUGGACAGACUGGACUAUUCACUUAUUUUCUAACAUCUUGGAAACUUUGUCCUCCAUUGAAUUACGACACUGUCCACCUUUAAUUUCCUCAAAAACUCCUGUAACUCGGCUGAAGUGCUGUGUACAGCUUACUCGCCGUGUGGUUGAUCCAGGUGUGCAAAAGGUGUACAAAAGCAGGGGAGAAAGUGUUCACUUGACCAGGCUGAGUGUAUAUCACCCUGUUUCAUUUCCAGCCAUGCCCUGUGUUCAGGCUCAGUAUGGGUCAUCGCCUCAAGGAGCCAGCCCAGCUUCCCAGAGCUACAGUUACCACUCUUCGGGAGAAUACAGCUCCGAUUUCUUAACUCCAGAGUUUGUCAAGUUUAGCAUGGACCUCACCAACACUGAAAUCACUGCCACCACUUCUCUCCCCAGCUUCAGUACCUUUAUGGACAACUACAGCACAGGCUACGACGUCAAGCCACCUUGCUUGUAUCAAAUGCCCCUCUCCGGACAGCAGUCCUCUAUUAAAGUGGAAGACAUUCAGAUGCACAGCUACCAGCAACACAACCACCUGCCCCCACAGUCCGAGGAGAUGAUGCCGCACUCAGGCUCCGUUUAUUACAAGCCCUCGUCGCCCCCGACGCCCUCUACUCCCGGCUUCCAGGUGCAGCACAGCCCAAUGUGGGAUGACCCAGGCUCCCUCCAUAACUUCCACCAGAACUACGUGGCCACCACCCACAUGAUCGAGCAGAGGAAAACGCCGGUGUCACGCCUCUCUCUCUUCUCCUUUAAGCAAUCGCCCCCGGGUACCCCCGUGUCCAGCUGCCAGAUGCGCUUUGACGGGCCCCUCCACGUGCCCAUGAACCCGGAGCCGGCGGGUACCCACCACGUGGUGGACGGGCAGACCUUCGCUGUGCCCAAUCCCAUCCGCAAGCAAGCGGCUAUGGGUUUCCCGGGGUUGCAGAUCGGUCACGCUUCGCAGCUGCUGGACACACAGGUGCCCUCUCCUCCUUCCCGGGGAUCCCCGUCCAACGAAGGGCUGUGCGCUGUGUGUGGGGACAACGCAGCCUGCCAGCACUACGGCGUGCGCACCUGUGAGGGUUGCAAAGGUUUCUUUAAGCGCACGGUCCAGAAAAAUGCGAAAUACGUUUGUUUAGCAAACAAAAACUGCCCGGUUGACAAGCGGCGCCGAAAUCGCUGUCAGUAUUGCCGAUUUCAGAAGUGCCUUGCUGUUGGGAUGGUUAAAGAAGUGGUUCGUACAGACAGUUUAAAAGGUCGGAGAGGUCGUUUACCGUCGAAACCGAAGAGUCCCCAGGAGCCCUCUCCCCCCUCUCCCCCGGUGAGUCUGAUCAGUGCCCUGGUGAGAGCCCAUGUCGACUCCAACCCGGCUAUGACCAGCCUGGACUAUUCCAGGUUCCAGGCUAACCCUGACUAUCAGAUGAGUGGAGAUGACACUCAGCAUAUUCAGCAGUUCUAUGAUCUCUUGACCGGCUCCAUGGAGAUCAUCAGAGGAUGGGCAGAAAAGAUCCCAGGCUUCACCGAUCUUCCCAAACCAGACCAAGAUCUACUUUUCGAAUCUGCUUUCUUGGAACUGUUUGUCCUUCGAUUAGCAUACAGGUCCAACCCAGUGGAGGGUAAACUCAUCUUUUGCAAUGGGGUGGUCUUGCACAGGUUGCAAUGCGUUCGUGGCUUUGGGGAAUGGAUUGAUUCCAUUGUUGAAUUCUCCUCCAACUUGCAGAAUAUGAACAUUGACAUUUCUGCCUUCUCGUGCAUUGCUGCCCUGGCGAUGGUUACAGAGAGACAUGGACUCAAGGAACCCAAGAGAGUGGAAGAACUGCAGAGCAAGAUUGUAAAUUGUCUCAAAGACCACGUGACUUUCAAUAAUGGGGGUUUGAACCGCCCCAACUAUUUGUCCAAACUGUUGGGGAAGCUCCCAGAACUUCGCACCCUGUGUACACAGGGGCUACAGCGCAUUUUCUAUCUGAAACUGGAAGACUUGGUACCACCUCCAGCAAUAAUUGACAAACUUUUCCUGGACACAUUACCUUUUUAAGACUUUCUCCAGUUACUUCAAAUGAACUUGAAAGGAACGUGAACUGUCUGAGGGUGGGAAUUCCCACGUGCACAAAAGCACCUCUGGGUGCCUCUGCUCCAUCUCCUUCCCCUUCCCAACUUCCUAACCUAUCCCUCAACCUCCUGCCCCCACAUCUCCUCCCACCCAAAACAAAACUGUUGCUAUUUCCUAACCUGCAGGCAGAACGUGAAAGGGCAUUUUGGCUCUGGGGCAUCCUGGAUUUAGAAUAUGGACUACACACAAUACAGUGGUAUAAACUUUUUAUUAUCGGCUUAAAAAAAAGAAUUUAUUGUUCAGAAGAAGGACUCCUAUUGUAAGAUGAAAAAUGUCUGGUCACGCCGAGUGCUGCAGCUAAGACAUUGAAUACACACACGAAAGUAUUAAGGUGACCCACAAAGUAUCGCCCUUUUAAAGACAAAGUUUUCUGCUGUAAAAGAAAGCUGUAAUAUAUAGUAAAACUUAAUGUUGCGUGGGUGGCAUGAGUUAAAGAAGGCAAAGGCUUGUAAAUUUAUCCAAUGCAGUUUGGCUUUUUAAAUUAUUUUGUGCCUAUUUAUGAAUAAAUAUUAAAAAAAUUCUAAAAGAUUAAUGUGUUUGCAAAAAAGGAGUAAAUAACUACACAAAAAGGGACAGCAUGUUGAUUCUAGGUCGAAAAUGUUAUAGGCACUUGCUAUUUCAGUAAUGUCUAUAUUAUAUAAAUAGUAUUUCAGACACUAUGUAGUCUGUUAGAUUUUAUAAAGAUUGGUAGUUAUCUGAGCUUAAACAUUUUCUCAAUUGUAAAAUAGGUGGGCACAAGUAUUACAAAACUGAAAAUCCUGACAAAGGGACACAUAGUGUUUGUAACACCGUCCAACAUUCCUUGUUUGUAAGUGUUGUAUGUACUGUUGAUGUUGAAAAAAGAAAGUUUAUAUCUUGAUUAUUUUGUUGUCUAAAGCUAAACAAAACUUGCAUGCAGCAGCUUUUGACUGUUUCCAGAGUGCUUAUAAUACACAUAACUCCCUGGAAAUUACUGAGCACUUUGAAUUUUUUUUGUUUUUUUUUUAAAUGUCUAAAAUUGUCAGUUAAUAUAUUAUUUUAUGUUUGAGUAAGAUUUUUAAUAUUGCCAUAUUCUGUAGUAUUUUUCUUUGUAUAUUUCCAGUAUGGCACAUGAUACAAGUCACUGCCUUUUUUUCUAUGGUGUAUGACAGUUAGAGACGCUGAAUUUUUUUUCUUGAUAAAUUCUUUCUUUGAGAAAGACAAUUUUAAUGUUUACAACAAUAAACCAUGUAAACGAA